AUGGAUCUGUCAAGUUUGAAAGAAGCUGCUUCCAACCUAACAUUAUAUGACCUGAAGGCUGGAAUGCGAAAAGUUCAAAAUGCCGUAAUGAAUUAUACGGAGAUGGAAGCUAAAGUUAGGGAGGCAACUAAUAAUGAGCCAUGGGGUGCCAGCUCAAGCAUGAUGCAAGAAAUCGCCAACGGCACAUAUAACUAUCAGCUCCUUAACGAAAUAAUGCCGAUGAUAUAUAAGCGUUUUACUGAGAAAGCAGCUGACGAAUGGCGUCAAAUAUACAAAGCACUUCAACUGCUAGAGUUUUUAAUAAAGAAUGGUUCCGAAAGGGUUAUCGACGAUGCAAGAUCCCAUCUAACGCUGCUGAGAAUGCUGCGACAAUUUCACUACAUUGAUCAAAAUGGUAAAGAUCAGGGGCUUAAUGUCCGAAAUCGAGCCAAAGAAUUAGCAGAUUUACUGAGUGACGUUGAGCGAAUUCGUGCUGAACGAAAGAAAGCUAGAGCCACUAAGAGUAAGUAUACAGGUGUUGAGGGUGGAGCAGGUAUUUCAAACGGCAGUCGUUUUUCGGGGUUCGGUGAUGAGUCAAGUUCAGGCUAUGGUGGAUAUAGUGGAGGUGUAUAUGGUGAUGGUGGUGGAUUUGGCGGCCAACAAAGUGACUUCCAAGACGCAAUCGCCCAAAAAACAUCAAUAUCCGGAGGUCAGAGCAGGUUUGAAGAAUACGACGAGUUUACUGAAGGUACUGCACCCGCUGGUAGGAAGCAGAGAGGUACAUCGAUGUCAUCCACAAGACGAAAAACGACAGAAAGAACUUCAAAAAAGCCCGAGGUAACUCUAAAAAAGGAACCUGAAAUAGAUCUAUUUUCUUUUGAUGACAAUGAAUCAAACACUUCCCCAUCUAAAACGACACUUAUUUCCAACACGGUUGAUGAGGAGGAUGAUUUUGACGAUUUUCAAUCGGCCACACCUUCGGUAAAAACGAUAGCUCCAACCAUAAGCCAUGCAAAUUCCUCAAACUUACAACAAGGUUUCUUUCAAUCUACUUUUGUCGCUAAUUCAGGCGGUCUCCAUGGUAUGAUGAACUUUCCCCCUGAUCCAAAGGCCCAGGCUGGAAGGACUGCGUUAGACAGCGAGACACCGAACUCAAUAAAUAUCAUGGCGCAACCAUCAAAUCCCACGACAUUUCAGGGCUCACAGCCAAAUUACUUCACGUCUGUAAAAUUACCUUCAAAACCCACGCCGAAUAACCCCUCCUCAACAGUCUCAACAGUAAACAACUCUUCUUGUACAAGAUCCGACGCAUUUGGCUCACUGUGGUCGGAUGCAAGCGCAGGAAUUAGGAAGACAAGCAUGCCUACAUCCGAGCCUGCUUUACAUCAGCUGGCUAAAGAGAAAGCUAGUGCAGGAAUAUGGGGCCAGACGCUACCUCCUAGUUCGGUAAUGCCCACAUCGCAAAAAGAAAAGGGCUACCAAGGGAGAGAUAAUAGCAUAGGAGAUUUACUGGGAUAA